UACAGAGAGAAGGAGAAACAGAGAGAUUGAUCUGCUGCAAUGAUCAGAGCUGAGGAGAUUCGAAGCCAGGAGCCAGGAGUUUCUUCCAGGUCUUCCACGUGUGUGCAAGGUCACUUGAGCCAACCUUGGCUCCUCUCCCAUUCUCAGAUGAAUCAGAAGUCCAGCAACCAGGCACGAACAAGCAAGUAUCGGCCAUGCUACCGCCCCAGGUACAAGUUUUACAGGGCAUCCAAAUUCACUAGAAAGACUGCCAUUUGCCUGGUGGAAAAUAAGGAUGAGCAGCUGAUGGUGAAUCCCAGAGCCUUAAAUAUUCUUAGCCGAAUAUCCCAACCAGUGGUGGUAGUGGCCAUUGUGGGAUUGUGCCGUACAGGAAAAUCCUAUCUCCUGAAUCGCGUGGCAAGACAGAAACAUGGCUUCCGCCUGGGCUCCACAGUACAAUCUGAAACCAAGGGCAUCUGGAUGUGUUGUGUACCCCACCCCUCCAAGCGAAACCACACCCUGGUUCUUCUGGACACCGAGGGCUUGGGUGACGUGGAAAAGGGAGACCCUAAGAAUGACUCGUGGAUCUUUGCCCUGGCUGUGCUUCUGAGCAGCACCUUGGUCUACAACAGCCUGGGCACCAUCAACCACCAGGCCCUGGAGCAGCUGCACUAUGUGACUGAACUCUCUCAGUUAAUCAGGACAAGAGCUUCCCCGACAUCUGAUGAAGCAGAGGACUGCACAGAAUUUGUCCAUUUAUUCCCAGAUUUUGUUUGGGCUGUACGGGAUUUCAGCCUGGAGCUGAAGUUACAGGAACGCCACAUCACGGAAGAUGAGUACCUGGAGAAUGCCUUGAAACUGAUUCCAGGAGAGAAUCCCAGAAUCCAAAAUUCCAACAUGACUAGAAACUGCAUCAGAGAUUUCUUUCCAAAACGAAAGUGCUUUGUCUUUCCCCGACCUACAAAUGACAACAGUCUAUUAGCUCACAUUCAAGAAGUGUCAGAAGAUCAACUGGAAUCCACUUUCAAGUCUCAAUCAGAAGAAUUCUGCUCCUAUAUCUCCACUCAUGGAAAGGUCAAGACCUUGGGGUCAGGAAUCACUGUCACUGGAAAGCGGCUGGGCUGUCUGGUAGAGAUGUACGUGAAUGCCAUCAACAGUGGAGCAGUGCCUUGCCUGGAGAACGCAGUGACAACUCUGGCUGAACGUGAAAACGCUGCAGCUGUGGAGAAGGCAGCCGCCCACUACAUGGCCCAGAUGGCUGAGCGAGUGAUGCUGCCCGCAGACACACUCCAGGAGUUGCUGGACAUGCACACAGUCUGUGAGAAGGAAGCCAUUGAAGUAUUCAUGGAGCACUCCUUCAAGGAUGACAAUCUGAAAUUCCAGAAGACUCUCAUGGAAACCAUAGAGGAGAAGAAGGAAUAUUUCUUGGAACAGAAUGAAGAAGCAUCUUCCAAAUAUUGCCAGACUGAGAUUAAGAAGCUUUCAGAGUCCCUGAUGGAAAAUAUUUCAAGAGGAACUUUCUGUGUUCCUCAAGGCCACAAACUCUACCAAGAAGCAAGAAGAAAGGUUGAACAGGACUAUAAGCUGGUGCCCAGGAAAGGAGUGAAGGCAAGUGAGGUCCUCCGGUGCUUCUUGGAGUCACUUGAAGCAACAGAAAAAUUCAUCCUGAAUGCAGACAAGGCUCUCACGGAGAUGGAGAAGACAUUAGAAGCUAAGAAUACCAAGAGGGAGGCAAUGGAAGAUCAACACAGAAUAACCCAAGAAGUCAUCAUCCACCUAAAGGAGAAUUGGGAAAAGGAAAAAGAGAACCUCCUGCAACAGCAGGAAAAGCUGAUAGAGCAAAAGCUGAGAGAGCAGGAAGAGAGGCUGAAACAAAAGCUGAAGGUUGUAGAAGAAAUGCUCAAUAAAGAAUUUAAAACUAUAAAGGAAGUAAUUGAAGAGCUAAAUCGACGAAUUCCAGACUUUGGAAACAAUGAAAAAAGCGAUUUUUUCUCAUGGAUUCUAAAUAAUAUUGUUACUCUUACAGAUUUGUUUUGGAAAGCUAAGAAACUUUAA